AUGCCAAUAGAUUCCACUAACAAUGGUGCAGGUGACAAUGAGAAUGACACGCCACAGCAGCCCCACCAAAACCAAAAUCAGUCGCAACGAGACCCCAACACCGGGCGGAAUUUUUCCAUGUCUUCCAUAAAAUUCUUCCGUCGAAAUACUGAUACAAGUAAUUCCAAUUCAAAUCAGCAAGACCAUAAUGGUAAUCCUAAUAGAUAUGAGGAAGAAGAUGACGAAGAAGAUGAAGAUGAUGGGUCUAUUAUGUCCUUGAAUGAACAUAACUAUAUGGAGGAGUUGUUCGGAACACAACAUAUUGCUACUGCGAUGACCAAUAGAACCACUGCUGACGAAGAACGUGGGCAAAAGGAGAUUCCUAAUAUGAAGACACAAGAAGAAAGUUCCAGUUCUGAUACAUCUCAAGAAGGAUACGCUGAGAAACCACCAUCACCACCUCAACCACCGUCGACUCCACCGCUGGCAGAUCAACCACCGGUACGUCCACAAAUAUCCAGACGAAGAAGUUCUAUUGCUAGCACUGUCGAGAAAGUGCAAAAGUAUCGUUGGUGGGAUGAGGAAUUCAAACAGGAAAGACUUAAAAUCAUAACCAGAUUUUUAAUCAAUUAUGUUUUCUUGGUUGUUGGAUUUACCGGUGUGUUGUCUAUAUAUACCGGUUCUUACUAUCAAAGAGAUUUGAGAUAUAAGGAUUUGAAAAUGGCGGUGAUUAUUGCAGACCAACCAGUUGGUGAUUUGCCCAAUAUAGUAGGUCAAACAGUGGAAUAUUAUUUCACAGAAGUACCAGCGGUUCAACCAUUUGGAGAUUUUGAAGUAUGGAAUUAUACAAGAAUAUCAGAACUUGCAGAAUCUAAAAAUCAUACAAUACGACAAGAAAUUCACGAACAGAUUCAUCAUCAGAAAUUUUGGGCUAUAUUCUAUGUUCAUGAAAAUGCCACAUUAGACUGGUAUCAAGCAUUAGUCACACAGGAUCAAGAGUUACCCCAG